AGGAUUUUUCGGGAUCGAUAUGACUUGAGCAUGAGUGCGGAUCCGAUCUUCAGAGUGACUUUCGAUGAUCGGAUCAAGGUUGCCGAAGUGCGUAAGAUUUUCAAUGAUUUGUUGAUGCAAGGUGAAUUGCCUUCUUGUUUUCUGAAUAGAACAUGGAAGAAGAUCCGGUUCGUGUGGGUCAAGAACCCCUCUGUAUCGAAGAUCUUGCACAAUCAGCGAGCCUUCGCGGCCCGCGACGUGCUUACCUGCAAGUGCGCAGGAUUGCCCUUCCCACGUUCGGAAGGCCAUGUCCGUGUUCGAGUCAGUGAGCUCGAGGGUAUUCACCCCCUACUUAGGAAUGCGAACAACGUACCGCAGGUGGAUAGGGAAGAUAGACUGGGAUUGUUGCAACAGGAGCUGGUCAGCGGCUUCCAACAAUGGUCGAACUGGAAAGGUAAGCCACCGGAGAUCUCGAGGGAGAUGCUUAGCCGCUGUAUAACGGACAGGGGCGCUGGGGCUAAGGAGACGUUGCUGACUCGUCAUGUCGAGGAUCUGAAGGCCAGAUUGGAAGGCCUGGUUCUGACCCCCUUGGAUCGCAAUCCAGGGGAGACAGUAGCCAUGUGCCCUGUUGUGUACUUCAACGCUAUGAUGUCUAGUUUUGUGCUUAACCCCGGUUAUCGAGUUGUGGAGGUUCCGGUGGGACAAGUCUACAGAGAGAUUAGGGAGGACUUUGCUUCGCGCGGUUUGACAAAAUUUGUUAGAUGGGAUAGGACCGGGGAAUUUGGCUCUGCUUAUCUGCUCCCCAAGCACAAGGACUUGGAUAGAUUCAGGCCGAUUUGUCCUACCUAUCGUGAACCCAUGGUACGGACGGGGAAGGUGGUUUCGUGCGGCCUCAAUUUUUUGCUGAAGUCGCUCCCAAAGAAGUGGCACUUCAAUCUGAUUUCUGUCACUGACUUGGCAGGAAGACUGGAGAAAGUGAACAACAAGUUGCUGAAGCAGGACGGCGAUUUCUCCGUAUCGACACUCUCCUUCGACAUCAAGGAGAUGUUUAGCCGUCUGCCUCACUCGGAGAUUCGUAAGGCACUGACUUGGCUCCUUGACUACCAUAUGUCCAAAGGUCGUUCGAUGGUUAGGGUCAACACACGUGGGAAGGGCGCAUCAUUCGGUGUUACUACGGGUGCUGACCAUUGUAGGUGUCUGAACUUCGUGGAUAUGCGCGAUUUUGUAUGCUUAGAGUUGGAGCAUACCUACACCUUUGCUACUAACGUGCUGCUGAACCAGGUGGUCGGUAUCCCAAUGGGGAAGACCACCAGUCCGCCCCUGGCAUGCAUACUCUGCGCUUUUGCUGAAUUUCUGCUGUUGCAAAACUUGGGGAGUGACUCACGUUUCAUUGAUGGAACCAGACUGAUGGACGAUGUGCUGUUGAACAUCUCUGCGAAAGACGAUCGGAAGAAGCUGCGUCUGCUGGAGGCCUUUGACGCAUGUUACCCAGCGGCACUCACCUUGAAGCGCACGGACGAUGAUUCCGGUCAUUGCGACUUCUUGGGCUGCGUCGUCCGGACUAAGCAGCGGUAUCCUUACCUGAGCUGCGUGCAGAUGUCGAAGAAUGAAGACAUCAUCUGGACUGAUGGGCCCCCUGGCCAGUCGUUCUUGUCAUGGGGAUGCAAGAAACAAAAGAGUGCAGCGAUCUGCAGCUGUCUGCACCGGAUCGACCGCAAUACCACGGUUCGCUCGGAGAUCCUGAGAAGAGUGCAUGGCCUGAAACAGGAAUUAUUUAAAAAGGAUUUCCCAGCCGACUUCUUCAUGAAAGUGCUCAAGCGCUUUGCGUUUCGUAGGGAUGAGAUCUGGAUGUUUACCGUGAAGCUGCUAGAGGAUUGAGUGGAGAUUGGGUUUGCUGACAGGGAGUGUGAUGUUUUCUUUGAUGUUUUUGUUCCAUUCGUUUCGAAGUAGAAAUAUCUGAAUUAAGCUAGUGCUGUUCAAUAUGGGAAAGAUCGGAUUCUCAGUGACAAAUUGUGAAUGAAAUUCAAUUGUCUCC